AAAAGUGUGAGAAAACUGCCCCAGGCGAUCAUUUCUGUCCAUCAACUCGGUCCUCUCAUCUCUCGACUUGUCAUUAUCCCGCAGGCUCAUUCCGGAGCAAGUUUACUUCAGAACCGUACUCCCAGAAGGUCUCGCAGGAUCAUUAGCUUGCGCCUGUACCCUCAAGGCAUAGCCGGUAGUGACCCUUUCCCCUUGCAAGUCCUUUCUGAAACAGUAACCUUUAGUUGGAGUGAAACACGACAUCGAAGUUCAGGUUGCCCGUGGCUGUAGAGGUUUCGUGGUCUGGUCACCCAGCCAAACGAGCGUUCCAGUGCCGAGCAUUUACUCCCCACGGCGGGCUAUAACCAAGAAGAACCUUCACAGAAUGGACUCCCUCAUCAGCUUACUAUGCUGUCUGGCGCUGACCGCCUACCUUGUAUCAGGUGAAGCACUUCCAGCUCCAGCCGCUGUUCCAGCCCCAGCGGCGGCACCAGCAGCAGACCCGAAAGCUCAGAAGCCGAAGAGUUUUCACGGCACCAAGCCAGACCUGUCGGUGCUCAUCAAACCGCUGCCCAAUGGACUGCUCCGCGCCGUGCAGGAUGAUACACCAGCGGUCAUGCCGAUCGGCAGCAGUUUUGACUUGGAUUGUCACAUUACACCGGGCGGUGAUGCCAACGCCAACAUGCAAUGGUUGAAGAACGGACGGCGAUUCGUGGACAGCGCCAGGGCCAAGGUGAUCGGCUGGCUCAGCGGCAACCGGUAUGAGGACUAUCAGAUCCGGUUCUUCAACUUCACUCACGACGACGCCGCACACUACACGUGCAUGGCGCCGCAAGGCAGCAUCAACGCAACUCUGGGAGUGCCACCGUACGUCCUCGACAACGUAUCCGACGUGCAGAUGUUUGCCGGUGACACGCUACAGCUGCCGUGCCCCGUGUCCGCCUUUCCGCCAGUAGUACACACGUGGGUGGACCCCGCCAGGAACGUCCUGGACCAGAAGGGCGAGGAGCUGCGCAUCACGAACACUCCGGCCUCGAUGAACGGCACGUUUGAGUGCGAGGGACGCAACAGCAUCGGUCAGGCCUCGCUGAGAAUCAACGUGCUUGUCAAAGAGAGGCUUCAGUGGGUGAAGACAAGCCCCAGCAAGAUCGUGAGUCGGCCACUGAGCACCGUACAGCUUGAGUGCCACGCCAGCGGAUACCCGCGCAGCGAAGUCCUCUGGACGGUGCAGAAACACGGCAGGCCGCUGGAGCGUGUGGUGACAAACGAAACGGACGGCGUUCUGACUCUGUUCAUGGUGGCGGAGUCGAUGUCUGGCAACUAUACUUGCGCCGUUCGCAGCACUCUGCCAUGCUGUCCUGACGAGCAAGCGCAGCCUCCACUCCUGAGAACAAUCCACUUGAGCGUGCGGGAAAGCUCCGGCAUUGACCCACCGACUCCCUGUCCGGAUGGAGACGUGACGUGUAUGGAUGACUCCAGCGCACCAUCGUCACGGGGUUAUUGCUCAAUGCUGGCCGCAGCGACGCUCGCACUCGCAUCACUGCUUGCCGUGGCCUAGAGCCGCUGUGUCUGCGCCGUUGUGUGUGUGUGUGCUUGCGUAGCACAGUACUCAACAUAGCCGCUGUGUGUGAUCAGUAAGUCCUGCUUGGCAAGCCGCUCUAUCCAGACUAACAUGUGUUAUUCACUCAUCGUGUACAGUUUGCCCUUACUGAACAUACUUUCAAUCUUCCACUGUCUCCAGUGCGAUAAACUACGUAUGAUAGUUUGAUCCGACGAUUACGAUAAGAAUGAUAAUUUUCAAUCCCCCUAAACUCCCCUCAAUUGCUAUGCAUUGCGCAGCCUGGAGUAAGAACGAUCCUUUUUUUGGAUUCCCAAGCAAGCGCAGUCCAUGUUAUAAAUAAUUAUAAUCCUGGAACACAUGUCUAGAAGCUAGCUAGACAACUUUUCCAUGAUCGUUGACCGCUAACCUAUGUAUACUUCUCAUAUGAUUGUCUUACCCUCCGGUAUUCUCAAGAUCAAACUUCGAAAGUAAUUUUCUAAAUCAUUGAUGCUAUGAAGCCAUCCUGACAGAGGCCAUCGUAGUGAACAUUUG